CAACGGGUGAAUCCCAUAUAGAAAGAAACGGAAUUAAAAGCUCAUUACGUUUCGUUUCGUAUCAAUAAAAUCGAAACGGCAUCCAACGACGUCGUUCGUUUCCAGUGCAUGACUUCUGGAAAGAGAUCGUCGUUCGUCACCCAAAGCUCUCGUCUUUCUUCCCUUUGCCUCUCGCUUUGCCUUUCCUCUUUUUCCUUUUGGCAAGUUAGGGAUUAGGGUUUUUAUGCGCCAGAAAUACAAACCAAUUGAGUUCCAUCUCAGUCGAUAAUAUUAACUUGAAAUAUAAAAUUAAUUGCAGAAUUGGAUUUUGGGCUUAUAGGAAUAAUAAAUCGCAUUGUUAAUCAACUAGCGGUAUUUCUGCAACGGAUAUCUUGUAAAUUGCUUAAUCUAUACAAUAAUGCUUCCUUGAUUAUAGGAAUGAAGCUCUUAUGUACAUAUUCAUGCUUGUGGUUUAGAUAUUAAUUUGUGCUUUGACGGUUCCCCUCUGUGACAUGACAUAUAGGCUUUUUGCGCUCUUAAGAUAUCAAUUUGGAAUACUGGGCAAUCUGCUAUAAUUUUGUAGCAGUAGCAGUGAGAGAUGUCCUCGCGUUCAAACGUGAAAUUGACCGAAGUUGGGGGGGAUCUAGGUCACCAGGAUGUUUGCCCCUCUGAGACAAACUUGUCUGAGUACCAUGAGGAUCCUUCAAAACCUGAAGAAGAAUGUGAGGAAGAAGAGGAGGAGGAGGAGGAUGUAGAUUUUAAUCCCUUUCUAAAGGAGACCCUGUCACCCGAAGCUUCAUCAAGUUUGAGCUCCGAGGUAGAAGGUUUAGAUGGUGAUGCUGUUGAUAGUGGUGUUGUUGGGGUUGGUUCAUCAAAAAUUACCAGUGAGAUCCAAAACUCUCAGCAGUUUUUUGAGCAUGGGGAAGAAGUUGUGAUGCAGGCCACACUUUCUUCUGAAGAUAUAUGCAGAAAGGAAUUUCAAAGUAUAAUUGAAAAUAUUCAAGAACAGGAUAACAAUUUAAGCAAUGCAACUGAAAUUAAUGAUGUUGUGGAAGGAGAGUUGGUUAACGAUACAGAUCCACAGAACUCUGUGAUUGAUUUUGAUACCGAGGAUGCUAUUUGUACUCGCACUCGUGCCCGUUAUUCAUUAAGAAGUUUCUCACUUGAUGAGCUUGAGACUUUUCUUCAAGAAACAGAUGAUGAAGAUGACCUUCAAAAUGUUGAUGAUGAAGAUGAGUACAGGAAGUUUCUUGCUGCUGUUUUACAAGGUGGAGACGUUGAUAGCCAUUUGACUCAUGAAAAUGAAAUUGUUGAUGAGGAUGAGGACAAUGAUGCAGACUUUGAGAUAGAACUUGAAGAAGCUUUGGAGAGUGACCUUGAUGAAAAUACAAAGGAGAAAACUGAAGGGGUCUAUGAGAAAGGAGGGCGAAGACCAGAGACUAGGCAGAAUAGGCGCCAAAAAAGUAAUGUACAGUGCAAGAAAAAUCUUGCAACACCGACAAAGAGACCAUUACGUCCCCUUUUGCCAAAUAUACCAGUUUCAUCAUUCUCCACUCAGGAUAGGAAGAUGCCAGAGGCAGCUUCAAGCUGUCUAUCUUUUCCAGUAAAAGCUGGUCAUGCAAAUGGAUUCACUCCACGCCAAAUAGGCCAACUUCAUUGUUUGAUCCAUGAGCAUGUACAACUACUUAUUCAGAUUUUUUCUAUGUGUGUUCUUGAUUCUUCCCGGCAGCACGUUGCAGCCCAAGUUCAGAAAAUGAUUGUUGAGAUGCUUCACAAGCGCAAUGAAGUGCUAGCAUGGAAAACGGAAUCAUAUCCUACUACUUGCUUUUCUCCUCCGUACCUCAUUUCCUCAGUGCCAUAUGAUGGUCCUAAAUUUUUAUUGGGCACUUUAGAAUCUUCUUCUAAUAAAGUUACAAGUUCUCCAAAUAAUCGAACAACUUCCAAAGGAAUCAUCCUUUCAAGAGGAAGGUUUGAAUGUGCUUCUAAUGGUGAGACUGGUAGUUCUCAAAACUUUUGGGUGCCGUAUAUAAGUGGUCCAGUAGUAUCUGUCCUGGAUGUAGCUCCGCUUAGUAUUGUUGGAAAAUUUAUGAAUGACGUAGAAACAGCUGUCCAUGAAAAUCGACGGCGACAAGUGGAAACUAGUUGUGAUAGUCGUUUUGAAAGAGAAGCUCUAUUUCCACUUCCUGCUUUCCCAUUAGAAAAUCAAGUUAAUUCUGAAUUAUUGGGUAGAACCAGCACCCUGUCUAUCAAUGCAGUGUCAUCUUCUCCCAGUCAACAACCACGCAAGAAGACUAUGGCUGCGAAUCUUGUUGAAAAUACAAAGAAGCAAUCAAUUGCUUUAGUUCCUAAAGACAUUGCAAAGUUAUCACAGAGAUUCCUACCGAUGUUUAAUCCAGCAUUGUUUCCGCAUAAACCACCCUCUGCAGCUGUAGCAAAUCGAGUGCUUUUCACUGAUUCAGAGGAUGAAUUGUUAGCACUGGGAAUGAUGGACCAUAAUACAGAUUGGAAAGCAAUUCAACAACGAUUGCUUCCUUGCAAGUCUAAGCAUCAGAUUUUUGUCAGGCAGAAAAACCGUUGCUCAUCCAAAGCACCAGACAAUCCCAUAAAGGCAGUUAGGAGGAUGAAAACCUCUCCACUCACUGCAGAAGAGGUAGCUUGUAUUCAGGAGGCAAUUAGGGUAUACAAGUAUGACUGGAGGUCUAUAUGGCAAUUCAUUGUCCCACAUAGAGAUCCAUCCUUAUUGCCUCGACAGUGGCGAGUGGCUCUUGGAACUCAGAAAUCAUAUAAGCUUGAUGCUGAUAAAAAGGAGAAACGGAGACUAUAUGAAUUCAACAAAAGAAAAUUCAAAUCUUCAGCAUCAGCAAUGUGGCAAAAUAAAGAGGAUUCUCAGGUUGAAAUUUCUGGUGGAGACAAUAACAACACAGAUGGUUGUGUAGAUAAUGGGGGUAAAACUUAUGUUCAUGAGGCCUUUUUGGCAGACUGGAGACCAAGUGAUUACGGUGGACAAUCUUGCUCAGAUAUUGCAAGAAAUCCUCACAACGGUAUGCUAUCACAGGAGGCUGUUCAGGAACAGCUACAUAAUAAUGGUUGUGGGAUGGCUCGUCAACCUCUGGCUGUUAGCAUGCAGCAGUUUCCAUCAAUGUAUCAGCAUCCCUCAUUUCAUUUUGCUGAUGCUAGACAUUUAGAAGCUAGUACCUCUGAGGGAAACAGUUUAGUUAAUAGCACUUUUAAUACAUUGAAAUCUCAAUCCCAUUUUCGGCCAUAUCGAGCUCGAAGAUCUAAUGGUACACACUUGGUCAAAUUAGCACCAGACUUGCCCCCAGUUAAUCUUCCACCAUCUGUUAGGGUUGUGUCUCAGUCAUCCUUUAGAAGCUCUCUUCAUGGUGCAUCUUUAUCGGUUGCUGCUGGGAGCAGUACAUGUGACAUUGAAAGAGAUAAUUUGAUGUCUCAACUUCCUAAUGCUAGAAGUUUGGGGAUCCAUGAUCUCACGAAGGCUGGAGGGAAUAACAUUAAUGCUCCAAAUGAUCGCCAUACAAGUUUGCAGAUAGAAGAAUCCAGAUUAAAUAAGGAUAAAUGUGUAGAUGAUGAAAGAAGUACUGAUUCUGAUCUGCAGAUGCAUCCUUUACUAUUCCAGGCCCAAGAGAAUGGACAUUUACCCUAUUACCCAUUAAAUUGCAGCACUGAUUCAAGUUCUUUCAGUUUCUUUCCAGGGAAUCAACCACAACUAAAUCUGAGUCUUUUACAUAAUCCUCACCAAGAAAAUCACGUUGGUAGUUUUACUAAAUUAUUGAAAUCUAAGGAAUCCACCUCUUUAGCACAAAACAUUGAUUUCCAUCCUCUUUUGCAAAGAAAUGAUUAUCUUCCUAGCGACUUUAUUAGUUCAGGUGGAAAAUGCAUGCAACUCCAGCGUCCUCUUCAUGAUGCUCAAAUUGUGAGUACAGAUCCGCUUGCAGCAGGCAGAUCACUUGAGAAAGCUAAUGAACUUGAUUUGGAGAUUCACCUAAGCUCCACAUCUAGAAAGGAGGACUCGUGGGGUAAAGGUGCAACGACACGUAAUCUAACCAAAUCAACUACUAAUGCACAGGUUUCUAGAUCUACAAUGAAUAAUCAAAAUGGCAACAACUCAUUUUAUCAGCAUACUGAAAAUUCUUCCUCACACAGCCAGCCUGUAACAGGUGGCUCCUCAUCUGGUGUACCAAGUAAUACCAUCGAUGAAUAUAUGGAUGACAUUGGUGACCAAUCGCAUCAGGAGAUUGUGAUGGAACAGGAAGAGUUGAGUGACUCCGAUGAAGAAAAUGAAGAAAAUGUUGAAUUUGAGUGUGAGGAGAUGACUGACUCUGAAGGAGAUGAAGGAUCCGGCUGUGAGGAAACCACCGAAAUACAGAAUGAGGAGGGGCCUGGUUUUGCUACAGAAAAUGCUACCACAACAGAUUUUGAUGAAAGGAAUUGUGAACCAAUAUCCAACUUUCAUUCCCAAAGCAAUCUUCAAAUUCCAGGAAAGAACAUUCCCUCAUUAGAGUUAGGUUUGACAAGUGAGGGGAAUGAUGAUAAUAGCAGGUCUUCAUGGUUGAGUUUAGAUCCAGGUGCACCACAUUGUCUGGGAGACGUAAUUGAGAAUGAGAUCGAAAGUACUAAAACAAGGGGAAGUCCUGCUACCAAAAGUUUGGUUUCAUCUCGUCCUGGUCGAUCUUGCAGGAAGAGGAAUCCAAGCUUGAAAGAAGAUAUGGACCGGAGAUCAAAUAUCAAUGGGAAGCAACAACCCAGCUUAGCUUCUCUUCCAAAUCCCAUGUUGAAGAAACCUGGGAAACGUGUACGCAGAACUAACUCAAGUUUGAACAUAGAAUUGAAUGUACAAAACACUAAUUGUGAUGGUGAAGAUAAAGUUUCUUAGUUUUUGAUUUGCUAUACCACCAAGUUCUUUGAUAAAGAAACAGAAAAGGAAAAAGGUAACUAUUUAUUAGUACA